CCUCAUCUAUUAUGCUACUUCGAUGAAAUAAAAGAUCCGCUCGGACGACUGCAAGCAAAACGCUGUUGGAGCCACAGAGGGGAAAACGUACAAGGUCAGGCCCUGAGAUGGGAUUGGGGUCCCUGCUGGGGAGCACAGCGCAGAAAGAGGAACACAAAACCCCCUGAAGGCUCCGGACGACCCCCCUGCCUACAAAGAGCACCACAGUGCUACUGCUGUUCCCUCCCCCCCUCCCCCCGCCAGCAUGUCGGCAGUCACCUCGGCUACGCAAGCCCCGCCCCCCGGCGUGAACCCCCCGCCCCCUGAGGUCACCAACCCAAACAAACCCGGCAGGAAGACCAAUCAGCUGCAGUACAUGCAGAACGUGGUGGUGAAGACGCUGUGGAAGCAUCAGUUUGCCUGGCCCUUCUACCAACCCGUCGACGCCAUUAAACUGAGUCUUCCGGAUUAUCAUAAAAUUAUCAAAAACCCGAUGGACAUGGGGACCAUAAAGAAGAGACUGGAGAACAAUUACUACUGGAGUGCCAGCGAGUGCAUGCAGGACUUCAACACCAUGUUCACCAACUGCUACAUCUACAACAAGCCCACAGAUGACAUCGUGCUGAUGGCUCAGGCUCUUGAGAAGAUCUUCCUUCAGAAAGUGGCCCAGAUGCCCCAGGAGGAGGUGGAGCUCCUUCCCCCUGCCCCGAAAAACAAGGGCCGCAAGCCAGCCGGGCCCCCCAGUGCAGGGAGCCAGCAGGUGGCAGCAGUGUCCUCGGGGUCUCCGCCCUCCACCUUCCCCAGUACCCCCCCACAGGUGUCCCAGACGCCCGUCAUCGCCGCCACUCCAGUGCCAACCAUCACCUCCAACGCUUCUCCGGUCCAAGCCCCGCCCCCUGCCGCACCCAUGAUGGGUGUAGGCCCUCCAGCACAGCCUGUCGUUAAAAGGAAGGGGGUGAAGCGGAAAGCGGACACCACCACUCCUACCACGUCAGCGAUCACGGCGAGCCGCAGCGAGUCUCCGCCCCCCCUGCUGGACGCCAAGCAGGGGAAGGUGGUGUCGCGGCGGGAGAGCACGGGCCGCCCCAUCAAGCCCCCGAAAAAGGACCUGGAGGACGGGGAGGUGCCGCAGCACGCGGGGAAGAAGGGCAAGCUGACAGAGCACCUGCGGCACUGCGACAGCAUUCUGAAGGAGAUGCUUUCCAAGAAGCACGCCGCCUACGCCUGGCCCUUCUACAAGCCCGUCGACGCCGAGGCCCUGGAGCUGCACGACUACCACGACAUCAUCAAGCACCCCAUGGACCUCAGCACCGUCAAAAAAAAGAUGGACAGCCGCGAGUACCAGGACGCCCAGAGCUUCGCCGCGGACAUCCGGUUAAUGUUCUCAAAUUGCUACAAGUACAACCCCCCGGACCACGAGGUGGUCGCCAUGGCCAGGAAGCUGCAGGACGUGUUCGAGAUGCGCUUCGCGAAGAUGCCGGACGAGCCGGUGGACCAGGCCCCGCCCUCGGCCCCGCCCUCGGCGGCGGUGGUCAGUAAGAGCACGGAGAGCAGCGGCAGCAGCGGAGAGAGCUCCAGCUCCAGCUCCGACUCGGAGGAGGAGAGGGCCACCCGGCUCGCCGAGCUGCAGGAACAGCUGAAGGCCGUUCACGAGCAGCUGGCAGCCCUGUCGCAGGCGCCUGUGAGUAAACCCAAGAAAAAGAAGGAGAAGAAAGAGAAGGACAAGGAAAAGAAGAAGAAGGACAAAGACAAGGACAAGGACAAGCACGGCAAGCUGAAGGCUGAGGACGACAAGAAGACCCGGUCAGCUCUGCCCGCAAAGCAGGCCCCGCCCAAGAAGGGUCCCGCCCGGAAAGCUAACAGCACUGUAACCGGCAGCAGGCAGCUGAAGAAGGGGGCGAAGCCGGCGGGUGGCGGGUACGAGUCGGACGGGGAGGACUCGCUGCCAAUGACGUACGACGAGAAGCGGCAGCUGAGUCUGGACAUCAACCGGCUGCCGGGCGAGAAGCUGGGCCGCGUGGUGCACAUCAUCCAGUCCCGCGAGCCCUCGCUGCGCGACUCCAACCCCGACGAGAUCGAGAUCGACUUCGAGACGCUCAAGCCCUCCACGCUGCGCGAGCUGGAGCGCUACGUCAAGUCCUGUUUACAGAAGAAGCAGCGCAAACCGCUCCAGAGCACAGGGAAAAAGAGCGCCCAGUCUAAGGAAGAGCUGGCUCAGGAAAAGAAGAGGCAGUUAGAAAAGAGACUGCAGGACGUCAGCGGACAGCUGAACAACAACAAGAAACCGCCCAAAAAAGAGAAGGCGGGCUCGGCGCAGGCGGGAGGGCCGUCUCGUCUCAGCGGCAGCAGCUCCUCCUCCGACACGGGCAGCAGCAGCUCCAGCGGGUCCAGCUCAGACAGCAGCGACUCAGACUGAUCCCAGAACAGCCCGGCGGGGACUUGGACUGAUCCCACAACAGCCCGGCGGGGACUCGGACUGAUCCCAGUACAGCCCAGCAGCAACUCGGACUGAACACAGUGCAGCCCAGCAGCGAUGUGGACUGAACCCAGAAAAGCUCAGCGCACUCAGAACUGCUUUUUCCCUUUUCAUUUGUACCUUUUUUAUUGUAUGCAGUUGUGGUCGCUUCUCUCUGAAGACGUGCAAACAAACAGUGAAAAGUACCACCCUGGCAGAGAAUAUUUAAAUGUUUUUUUUUAAUAUAAGUAUCCUGGGUGAGAAAGACAAAUAAGAAUUGGUAGAAAAUAGUUAUUUCACAGGUCAGAAUAUCUGUCACUGAAAUGCUGUGGUCACCUGAACAAAAUUGUGCAUUUUUAUUACUCGUUUUAGUUGGAUAAAUGAAUGGAGGAGGAAGUAUUUUCGUUUCGUUUUAAGAGCCCUGUCAGUUGUAUUCAUUUGGAAAGUGUGUAAGUGUGUACUUUAUACUUGUACAAUAUCUGUGUUAAAAGAAGAGUUUUUAAAAGAACUGUUCUCUGUGGGGGAGGAGAUGUGACAUCAUCAGGCCCCGCCUCCAGGAGAAUCCACUCACCAAUGACAGAUCACUUCUGGAGCAGCGUCAUUCACUCCAGUACCGCAUAACCUCUGAUUUUGACCUCUGAACCCUUUCCACAUUCCAUAAACAUCAGCCUAAGUGUAUAAUAACAUAUAAAUAUAUAAUAUAGAAUUUUAAUUUAUUUCUUUAAAACAUGUUUUAACGCAUGGAACAACAGAAAUGCCUUCAGCUUUUAACCAACACUUCCACAGAGAAUUAGAAAAUUGGCAGGUCCUUAAUAUUUGCCCUCAUACCUGCUGUGUUUUUACUGGUCUGUCCAGGGUGGUAGCCCAGUGGAUACGAAGGUUGGAAUGGAAGGUUUUCAGUACCUGCGCAUCUUUGAUGUUGGAAGUUUAAAAUGCGAAACACAGUUUCAGCAGACUGGCAACUGGAUGGUGUCACCCUGUUCACACCCGUGCUGUCUGGUGGAGCUCCUGUGUUCUGUGCAGCUUUCUCCCAGCGUGAUUCGUGUUCGUCUCCGGCCCCUGAGAGGGAAUUGACAUGGCUUUUUUUAAAGUACUGGUGUCUUUCAGUGUAAGCAUUCUAACUGCAUGCACACAUUCCCGUUCACAUUAUGCUUUGUCAGAAUUUCUCCUGCUGUAGCUUUCUGUGACCCAUGACAGGAUUAUUUACUGUUUUUAGAAUGUUCAGGAUGUUCUGUUGGUAAUUCAGCUAGGUGCAGCUGAGCUACUAAUUCUUACAGAUGCUUCUGACACUUCCUCUGUGACCUGUUAGUCUGUCUGUUAUUCAAAUGAAUCCAUUUCUGUUUGACUGUCCCGUGUUUUGAUAACGCCUUACAGUGAAGUGUCUUUGAACUAGACAAUAAGGACAAAGGAGGGGUGGGAAGGCUUAAUAUGAUGUCACAGGUAUUUGAAGAACAAUGUGACAUAUCUGCUCUUGCCUAUGUAUGGACACGCAGUCUCUGGGGCUGCAACUGGCUUGUGUGAUUGAACCUAGGUCCACAAUUAGAACAGCUUCUGAAUUGUAAUGGGCGAUAACCUGACCUCAUUGUUUUGCUAGUUUUUUGUUUGUUUGGUUUUUUAAUGGUGCAGUAUUGGUAUAUUUUUAACUUUGUACUAAAACCACGUUGGUCCUCAGCCAAAAAAAAACACAAACAAAUCUUUAGUCAUGUAUGACUAUUUUAGGCCUCAAUAUUUUAACUAUUUAACCCACAUUGUUCUGAAAUAGUUACUUUUUUUACUUUGUAGGUUGUUUUUGUGCGUUCUAAAUACUCCCAUCUUGUUAAAAGUGGUAUUUCAACACAUGCCAUCACAGGGAUAUCUGGCAUGAGUGCUGUUUUUUUCCUGGUGUUUGUUAGUUUCCAGUAAAGAGUGUCUGUAUUACUGACGCAUGCUCUUCCAGCUAAACCCUCUGCUGUGUCGGUAUCUCCAGUCUUCUCCUGCUAAUGAGGACUCAUCAGAAACUGUCCGAUUCGCUGAAGAGUGAAGCACCGGCGUAUUAGUUAACUGAAAACCAAUGUUUGCAACUUCAUUAGGCCCUGUAAACCCAGAGCGGGGUUCAUCGCGUGCGUUUCGUGUGACUGGUUCGCAAGAUGAAAAAACACUCAACACUGAAUUUGUUAGGGCUUCUUCCAGAUGGGAAGGGGUGACCUGUGACCUUCUGUAUGGUGGCUUUUUUCCCGUUGUUGUUUUUGUACCUGAAACAGAAGCUCCACAGGAAGGACUUUUUCACCCUGGAUGGGCCAUCACCGAGUCUUCCUCCAGUGCAGAAUAUGGGUCUCUGAAUGUACUUGUCUAUCCUAGUUCAGUGUCCGCUAAUCACACGUAUGUGUUAAUCUCUAUCACCAUGACUGGAUUUUUAAAGAUUUUCUCUUCUGUAUCUCGCCAGAUGGAAGUGUAAUUUUUAAGUGUAAUUUUGUUUUAAAUAUGUGAUCACUAAACUGAGAUGCAAAUCCUGAAGGAGGCGGAGUCAGAGGUUGGUUAUUGUAGUGAUGUUUUUCUCUGCCUUGGCAGAACCGAACUGCGAAAUCCAAAAAAGAAAAAAACGAAGAAAAAAGAAAACUUUGUAUCCAUUUCUCUACUGACAGCAAAGAGGUCCGAUUACAAACCCACCGGGUUUAUCUGAGUGAUGUCAAUAGAGUAUAAAGACUGAAAAAUAAGUAUAUAUAAAUAUAUAUUCAUUUAUUAGUUCAUUUUUAGACCCUGGUCAAGGUAUAAUAGUUCUUUUUAUAUAUAAAAAAUAAAAGUAAAAAAAGAUGAGUUUUUAUGUAUGUGCAUGCAGGUUUAUUGUAACUUUUCUUAAACCUUUUUUUUUGAGCUGUUUAUAGUAUCUUCCUGUAAAUGCCAGUCAUUGAAAAUCGAGGAUUCCGUGUAAGUAGUUUUAGGCUUGUUUACGGCAGCAGAGAGCAGUGAGGGUCUGUAAGAGGGAGGGGGUGGGGCUAGAUGCUGAUAUUUGAUGUAACCGCUAACCUGGGGUUUCUGUCACUUACCGAUCUCCUUUUGUUUUUCGUAAAUAAA